AGCGGCCCAAUAAUUGGUUCCCGAUACACGUGUUUACCUAGACGCUAGUAGUGAAUAAAAUCGAUAACCAGUCUAGGCGGUGUUGACAAUUCGACUAUUGAAGUUGGUUGACACUUUGAGAAGAUAAUUGCGUAAUAAUGUGUGAAUUGAUGAUUAACCAGUAAUCAAAACAUCUGCCAGCUUGUAUAUUUGACCUCUGCCGAGAGUUCACCAAAAUUAACGCCGAUUACGGUGUACUUUAUGUGUUGCGAUUUUUUACAAAAAAAAAAAAAAACAUCGACAUGUUUGUGGCAUGCAGUUGUAUGACUGACGAAUUUUAAAUAAACAAAUUUUACAAAAUUGAUCAGUGAUGUAGUUGAAAUAAUGGAUGAUGAUGAUGAUGAUGCUGUUGUUGAAGAAAAACCAUGCGCUUCCAAGUUAUCGAGGAAGGUGGGAGAGAAGUUACGCCGUGACCGUUUGAACGGUUUGAUCACUCAGUUGGCCGAGGAGAUUCCCAUCAUUAAAUAUGCCCACCGAAGACUGGACAAGUCAGCGAUACUUCGACUUACAGUCAGUUACAUGAAACUGCAUCUAGGCUUAAAGAGGAAGAAACUGGGAUGUAACGCAAGUCUUCAAGAUGUUGGUAUGUUGAACUGGCUCAAAAAGGUAACUGAUGACGCCCUCCUGAUCAUUACACAGUCUGGUACCAUUAUCUAUGUGUCAACUAAGAUCUUUGACAUGCUGGGAUUCUAUCAGACGGACAUGGUUGGGCAUAACAUCAAGCGAUUUGUCCACCCUGAUGAUCUGAGUGUGUUGAUGUCACAGUUCUCAGGUCCUACAGAUGUAUCUUUACAAUCAGCAUACUCUAGAUUUGCACAGGAAACUGGCUACAUGGUACCUGAUAAUUGUCAGCCGACAAAUACAGCAUGUAAUUCUUUCUGUGUGCAAAUGUUGAGGGCUGCAAGACGAAAACAGAUGGUAGGUGAAGCCAAAGAAUACGAGACGAUAAGUGUAAGAGCUAACUGUGAGAAAAGUCUGGGGAUAAAGAAUAAAAAUUCAGCGAAUGAAUUAUGGAUGAUAGCUUUGUUGAAGCCAUUCAGCUAUGAGCCUAUUAAGGACAUAGAAAUCAAAAUAGCAGAGUUCAUGAAAAACAACGAGUGGGCGACCAUGCAUGAUUUAGAUAGCCGUAUUGUUGCCAGUGAUCACAGAGCCUCAUUGUUUCAUGGGUAUAUGCCCUCGGAGAUCAUUGGAAAGACUCCAUAUAUGUUAAUACGUGAAGAUGAUCUCGAGCCGGUAGCCGUCAGUCACCAAAUGAUAAUGAAAAAUCACCAGAUUCUGUCAACUGUGUUCCGGAUGAACAAUAAGUUUGACCUGAUUAUAUAUGUGCAGUCACAGUCCAUUAUCGUCAAUGAUCAGUGGACAAAGAAGCCAAAGUGUAUUGUUAGUGUUAAUACAGUAUUAAGCUCUGAAGAAGGAAAACAUCUUCUUGACGCCCAGAGAAAAAGGACUCAGGAGUUCAUGAAGUUGCAGCAGAAACAGGAAGUUGAAAAGUUGGUUCCACUCAAACAGGAAGUGGAAUCAGAUGAUAGUAAUGAUAGUGUGAAAGGACACAGUCUGGGUCAGAGCACCUUGUCAAAAGAUAAGUUACUUAAAAUGAAAAUGACAAGUGGAAAAAGCUUGAAUGAAAUAUAUGAGAAUUAUUCUCAAAGUUUCCCUAACAUGUAUAGGGGGAUUGAUAGUUGCUCAGGUUGCAAGAAGUCGGAGUUUUCUGAGAAAAGGUCGCAUGAUUACAUGGAUAGUGACUCCAGUGGCCUGGAGUCAACAUGUUCUGGAAACACAGGUUCGGAAACUUCAAGCCUUAACGUUACAGAGGAUGAAGCUGAUUCACCUAAACAUAGAUCUCCAUCACUAAAAGAUCUUCUUAGUGAUGAAAAAUGUUUAGAGAAAGCUAGUUCCGGUAUUAAAACUUCAGAUCAGUUAACAAAAGAGCAUCCAUUUUCAUUCCAAAAAGGAAUAUUAAAAGGAAAAAGAAAAAUGGAGAAAGGUGUUCGUGGACCUGGUGAUGAUAAAAGCCAGAUCUUUUCAGAAACAGCAGCGGGAAAAGGAACAUCAAUUGUAGCCUCAGUUUCAGUGGCAAGAGGUGGUACUGAAUGUCAAGGUCAUGCGGCAGCAGGUCAUACUGCAGGUGUUCAGUCGCCUACAGUAGAUUCUUCAGGAUCAGCCGAGGGCACAGCUGACGUCAGUGUUAAACCAAGUGUGUACUGUCGAUUUAGCAGCCAACUUGUAAAUAAGCAUGGAAUGUUGAAACAGACAAUAGAUAGUCAGAAAUUGACGCUGGAGAUUUUACGAGAUCAGUUACAGAAGAGUCACAACAACGUGAUCCUCAGUUCACAACAAAAACAAAUACAUGAUUCACUUAUAGAAAAGAUAACCGAAGCGGAGAAUCAAGUUGUAGUUCAAGGUCAGUUGCUGGGAGAACUGGAACAAGAAAUCUUGAAUCAACAACAACAUAUAGAAUUAAAUCAUAAAUAAGCCCCAUCCCCGCCCCUCCGCCUUACGGAGUAGGGCUCAUUGAUUUGUAAAACUCUUAAUAUACUGUUUACAUUGUUGCCAGUAAUUUAAAGUCUUUAUGCUUACUGUGGCUUAAGAUGUUGACUUUUUGAUCAUUAUUUAUUUAUUUGAUCAGUAAUUUAUUUAUGUAUGUACAUACAUUACCAGUACAGUAUGCCAGUUCACUGUUGUUGAAUAUUAGUUGAAUUUGUGAAACUUUGUAGAGGAAGUUUAGAAUUAUUGUUUAAAAACAGUUUUCACUGAAAAGAUAUAUUUAUGUAUACUGGGUAUGAUAUAGAUAAUAUGAAACUGUACAGCAAAAAGUUGGUGGUCCUUUGUGCCGCUAGGAAAAAAGAGUUAGUGUCGACCCCUGUACAGUUAUGGAGUUAAAAGUUUUUUCUGUUUAUUAUGCAAUAGAUAAAGGGUCAUUUUAAUGCCAUAGGGUUAUGGUCAAAGUUACCUCAAAUAGAAAAAGUCAAAUUUUGCUGGGAUCAUAAAAAGGUGAUUUUCAGUCAAUAACUUUUGUUUACUUUCAGUUGUAUUUGGGGGUCACUGUUACUGAAAAUAGAAAAAUGAUUUCUAAUCAGUAUCACUAAUUAAGAAUGAGAUAUUGCAAUUGAACUUGGAACGAGAUAUUCUGAUGAAACUUGGAAUGAGAUAUUGUAAUGGAACUUGGAAUGAGAUAUUGCAGUGGAACUUGAAAUGAGAUAUUCCGAUGGAACUUGGAAUGAGAUAUUCCGAUGGAACUUGGAAUGAGAUAUUCUGAUGGAACUUGGAAUGAGAUAUUGCAGUGGAACUUGGAAUGAGAUAUUCCAAUGGAACUUGCAAUGAGAUAUUCUGCAGGAACUUGCAAUGAGAUAUUCUGAUGGAACUUGCAGUGAGAUAUUGCAAUGAAACUUGCAAUGAGAUAUUGCAGUGGAACUUGGAAUGAGAUAUUGUGAUGGAACUUGGAAUGAGAUAUUGCGAUGGAACUUGGAAUGAGAUAUUGCAGUGGAACCUGGAAUGAGAUAUUGCAGUGGAACUUGUAAUGGAACAUGGAAUGAGAUAUUGCAGUUGAACUUGUAAUGAGGAUUUGCAAUGGAACUUGGAAUCAGAUAUUGCGAUGGAACUUGGAAUCAGAUAUUGCGAUGGAACUUGGAAUCAGAUAUUGCGAUGGAAAUUGGAAAUAGAUAUUGCGAUGAAGCUUGGAAUGUAGGUAGCUUAAUUCGACAGAAAGGUUGUGGCCACUAGGGUGAAGGUCACUGAAUAGUUAACAUCACUUUUACUGAAAAUAGAAAAUGUUUGAAAAACCUUGUUUUUAUGGAAUUUCCACAUCUGUUGUUUAAAGACAUGCAGGUUCCAGUUACCUAUUAAAUAUUUGUGCAAUGAGCUUCCAGAAUUGAAGAAUAUAUAUACAUCAAAAUAUUUGUUUGUUCCAAUGUAAGAUCAGAAUAUCUUUCACCGUGUGAAUACCAGAUGCAAUAGUUUGGUACAGGUAUGGGUGAAAAAUUAAUGUAGAACUGGGGUUCAUGAGUGAAAGAUAUUUUGUUCUUAUAUGUGAAACAGAAUUUUUCUUUUAAUAUGUCUUUUUAAGUGGGAAAGGGAAAAUAGUAGCAUGUUUAGUAAAUGGCCUGAAUAGGGAGGUGGUCAUUCAUGGAGACUUGAUUCUAUCUGCCUUUGUAGGAAGGUAUUGCUCUGUAGAAAUGUCAUUGAUUUAGUUUAAAACUGUAAUUAUUGUUUUUGUGAUAUCAAAACUUGUGUAAAUUUUGUGAUCAUCAGAAAUGUUCUGUAUUGUUAGCUCAUCUGAUUUUUUGAAAAAAAAUGAUGAGUUAUUGUCAUCACUUGAGCGGUUGUCGGCGUCGGCGUUGCCUGGUUAAGUUUUAUGUUUAGGUCAGCUUUUCUCCUAAACUAUCAAAGCUAUUGCUUUGAAACUUGGAAUACUUGUUCACCAUCAUAAGCUGACCCAGUAUAGCAAGAAACAUAACUCCAUCUUGCUUUUUGCAAGAUUUAUGGCCCCUUUUGUACUUAGAAAAUAUCAGAUUUCUUGGUUAAGUUUUAUGUUUAGGUCAACUUUUCUCCUAAACUAUCAAAGCUAUUGCUUUGAAACUUGGAAUACUUGUUUACCAUCAUAAGCAAACCAUGUACAUCAAGAAACAUAACUCCAUCUUGCUUUUUGCAAGAAUUAUUGCCCCUUUUGGACUUAGAAAAUCAGUUUUCUUGGUUAAGUUUUAUGUUUAGGUCAGCUUUUAUCCUAACCUAUCAAAGCUUUUGCUUUAAAACUUGCAACACUUGUUCACCAUCAUAAGCUGACCCUGUACAUCAAGAAACAUAACUCCAUCCUGCUUUUUGCAAGAUUUAUGGCCCCUUUUGGACUUAGAAAAUAUCAGAUUUCUUGGUUAAGUUUUAUGUUUAGGUGAACUUUUUCUCUUAAACUAUCAAAGCUAUUGCUUUGAAACUUGCAACACUUGUUCACCAUCAUAAGCUGACCCUGUACAGCAAGCAACAUAACUCCAUCCUGCUUUUUGCAAUAAUUAUUGCCCCUUUUGGACUUAGAAAAUCAUUUUCUUGGUUGAGUAUUAUGUU